AAGUCGAGAGAGUGAAGAGACAAGGAGACUUGGGCUUAGGACAAACAAGAUUUCUGUGGUAGAUCUGAAUAAGACAAAGCCAAAUCCAAUGGGAUCAGGAGAUUUUGGCGUGGUCUCUGAGCUGUUGACAGCUGCCCAAAACCAUUCGACCAGCUUUGGUAAAGUCUGGAUUAUGGUGCUGUUUAUCUUCCGCAUCUUUGUCCUCACAACAGCCGCUAAAGAAGUGUGGCAAGAUGAGCAGUCCAACUUCUUAUGUGACACUAAACAACCGGGUUGUCAACUUGCUUGCUACGACAAGUCCUUCCCAGUUUCUCAUGUUCGCUUCUGGGUUAUGCAAAUCAUCUUUGUCUCAACACCAACGCUCGCUCAUCUAGGGUUUGUACUUCAUACAAUCCACAUAAAGAAGAAACAAACCAGCGACAGUAAAGAAGAACCGAACCAGCGACUCUUAGAAGGUCAAGACAGCAAACCUUCUAAAAAUGACUCGAACAGUGAGCCUCAAGUGCCGUUGGAAGGUCCAGUCCUGAAAAUGUACACUAUCAGUGUAGUUUCUAAGAUUCUGUUGGAAAUAGCUUUCUUUGUAACUCAGUACUACCUGUAUGGAUUUGGUCUUAAGUCGAUGUAUCGCUGUGAACAAUGGCCCUGCCUUACCGAAGUCUUCUGCUACGUGUCCAGACCCACAGAGAAAACAAUCUUCAUCAUUUUCAUGCUUCUAGUAGCCUUUGUAUCUCUGAUUCUCAAUGUGAUAGAGUUGGCCUUUAUAUUUGACAAAAAAUAUAUGGGCCAAAAUAAACAUUCUACAUGUCACUCAGGCCAAAGCAAUUCAAGUCUUAAAUCGAAGAAUUACAGCAAAAAUAGCUAUGUGUAGUUUGUCAAAUAGAAACACUUGGUUUUUCUCAGUCUCAUAAUUAAAAUUCUCAAAACUGUGAUUGAUCUUCAAAUCAUUGUACAUAAAAAAAAUUCUAAGUUCUUUGAACAAGUUGCAAGUGGUUAUGUGAAAUGUUUUGCUUUUAAUCUACAUUUUAAUUUUAGAAUUUGUCAAGCUAAAGACAAUUCUUUUUUGAAUUCUGUUCAUUGUACAAGUCUUAACAUGCAAAAUGCCUGAACAAUUUGUCAUACUGUCAAUCAUAUUUUUAAUUAAUUUCCAUUACACUGUUUUUACAAAUCUGCCCUGAAAUGUUAAGAUUUCUCCCCGGUGAGUCCCAAGUUUCUCCAAUGUAGGUAAAUGUUUGGAGCAUUAGAUCAACCAGUUUUCUGAAACAGAUUGAUUGUACGUCUCAUGAACCAUCGAGAGGAAAAUAUCAUGGUACAUUUAUGACAAUGGAAGGAGCAGGAAUUGGACGGAGUCAACAGAGAGAAGAGAAGAGGAGAGAAGAGGAGUGAAGCUGUGACAGAGGAGUUGGGAGGGAAAACAGAGGAAGAGGCAGAAGAAGAUGAGGACAUCUGCCUGUUUCCAUCAGGCAAAUAGACACUGAUGGAGUUUCUCUCAUCCUGAUCCUCAUUCCUUAACGUCAUUGAGAAAUUUUUCUGGUGGAAAAUAAAGGAAGACUGCACUGUAAUCCCUUCAUGUUUCCUUAAGGAGAUUGUCUUAUAUUCCUGCUACUAUAUAUUUUUUUCCCUUUGUGCUGUUUUCUGAAUCACAAGUUACAGUAAAAUCAUAAACGUGAAUCUUGCCCUGUCUCUUGCUACUGAUCUCCCACAAUCACUCUUGUUUCAUUAAGUCAUUGUGGCGUGUGAUCUCCCACUCUACUGGAAGAGUUGGAGGUGUAGCGAGAGGGGGAAGAAUGUGAUCAGAAAACAAAACUUAAGAAGGCUAAAGGUUAAAACACAAGAAGGAAAUGACAUAAUGAAACCGAUCCGUGAAUUGAAACAAUUGUUUUUGCAUCACAGCACAUGCAGCUUUAAAGGUUAAAAUUAAAUAAAAGUGCAAGAGGUAAGAUCUGAAGUUAUUUACACAAGUAUGAAAAUGAAUAGCUCAGUUGUGUUUUGAUGAUUUUCAAUGUGGCUGAAAUGUACAUCCUGGGUUCCAAAAACUUCAUGGAUAGACUUUGUUGCACACAAAGAUGGAUGUUAAUGGUCCAAAUGUGAUAUCCACUCCAUCUAUAGUUAAAUUUGAAGAGUCUGAGUCUUUACUAAAGCAGCGUAUGACAGAGUCAAACUCUGCUUUCAGCUCCAACAGCAGCAAGAUGAGUCCUAUAAGUGAAUUUAAAGUGUCUGAAUCUUAACUAAAGCAGUCCAUAACAAAGUCAAACGCUGCUCUCAGCCCCAGCAACAACAACAAGAAGAAUUUAAGGCACAAAGACGACAACCUGAAAAUCUGAGGACAUUCUGUUCAAUUCCUAAGUUCGGGAACAAUAUGAAGGCAUGUGCAUCUAAGAUGUUUUUUUAUUAUUAAAUUAACUUAAAGCUUA